UUCCCGAAGCUGCGGACCUUUCAGCUCCGGGAAAUGGUUAAGGACCACCAACAGCUUCGUCUCGUUCCCGAUCGGACGCCAUGAAGCCAAUCCAAUUCCUUCCUUUCUUCCUCUUCCUCCUACCGACUUGUACUGCAGAAACUGGAGCUGCAACAGCAGCAGAGGCUCUCGUGAAUUGGAAGACCAGCUUGUUCCAACCCGACACGCUCAACUCAUGGUCGCUCACCAACGCCACGACCCCAUGCAACUGGUUCGGCGUCCGCUGCGACGCCGCCGGCAGCCUCGUGCAGCUACGCUUGCCCUCUUCCGGCCUCAACGGCACCCUCCUCGAUCUCGACUUCUCUGCCCUCCCUAACCUCACCCACCUCGAUCUCUACGGCAACAGCCUCCAUGGCCGCGUCCCCCCCGCCAUCUCUGCUGCUUCCAAGCUCAUCUUCUUGGAUCUCAGCUUCAACCAGCUCGAGGAAACCGUACCCGAGGAGAUCGCGAUGCUCACGCAGCUCACUAAUCUCACUCUCUCCGACAACCACCUCGUCGGGCCAUUCCCUUCUCCGAUCACAAGUUGCACUAAGCUGCUGCACUUGGAUCUUUCCCACAACCAGUUCGACGGGGUUCUGCCUUCAUCUCUGUCGAGGCUGACGAGACUUCAGGUGUUCGACGUAUCGAAAAAUGGAUUCUCCGAGCUGAUGCCGGAAGCUCUCGCCAAUUGGACGCAGCUUCUCUCGCUUCAGAUGGAUCACAAUCCACUAACCGGGCAAAUCCCCAAGGAAAUCGGCAAGCUCAGAGAGCUCAGAAGCCUGGGCCUCGGCCAGACCAAUCUCACCGGCUCGAUCCCGGAAGAGAUCGGCGAUCUGACCAAAUUGCAGGAUCUGCAACUCCUGGACAACCAGUUCACAGGUCCCAUUCCUCACCAGAUCGGCAGGCUCACCCAGCUCACCGUGCUGGAACUCUCUGACAACAGGCUAAGCGGCACAAUCCCGCCAGAGAUUGGGAACAUGACGACUCUGGAGAUCCUAGACAUCAGCCAGAACCAGUUCUCCGGCGAGUUACCGAGCACCAUCUCUGCACUCCCAAAGCUCCAAUCUUUGAUCGUCAUCAACAACAAGCUCUCAGGUAGCCUUCCAGGGGAACUAGGGAAGAACGGCCUCCUGAGCACAGCGCAACUCACCAACAACAGCUUCUCAGGGGAACUGCCACCCUUCCUCUGCAAUAACUCCAAUCUCCGCUAUCUAUACGCAGAUAACAACAACUUCACAGGAAGACUACCAGCUUGGCUGAAGAACUGCACAGGGAUACGACGGAUCAGUUUGGGGUGGAACCACUUCAGUGGAGAUCUAUCAGAAGCUUUCGGUGCUCAUCCUCAGCUCGAGACCUUGUACCUUCCUGGGAACCAGUUAACCGGCACUCUGUCACCGGCUUGGGUGGAAUGGAGGAGUCUCGCCAACCUGCGUUUGGACGACAACAGAAUCUCCGGUAAAAUUCCACCAGAGUUCGGGAACAUGACGAACCUUUACUACCUGAGUUUGUCGUCGAACAAUCUUACAGGAAGCAUUCCGGCAGAGCUUGGGAACUUGGUUUCCUUGGCUUGGCUUAACCUGAGCAACAAUGGCAUAUCGGGAUCACUUCCUUCGACAGUAGCUGAACUUUCGGCUCUUCAAAGCUUAGAUUUGUCCGGAAACAAGCUCUCCGGUCAAGUAUGGAAGUUGCUCGUCCAACAUCCAGAUCUCAACUACAUUGAUCUCUCCAGGAAUUCUUUCACGGCCAUGCUCCCGGUGGACUGGGAAGAGAUCACGCAUUCAAGCUCGACUUACUUGCCUGACGUGCAGUACUUGCUGCUUUCGGACAACCUCAUCGACAGCAGCAUCAUCCCCUUGCUCUGCAGAUUCAGCGGUCUGCAGAUCCUCGAUCUCUCGAACAACCACCUCUCAGGGAGGCUACCCGACUGUUUGCUGGACACGGAAGCCAUGCAGUACGUCGAUCUAGCAAACAACGAUCUCCAUGGGAGCAUCCCAAGCUCGAUGGGCUCCAAUGCAUCACUCGUGUCACUGCACCUGAACAGCAACAGGUUCAAUGGGGAGUUCCCCUCGUCCCUGAAGCAGUGCAGGCAUCUCGUUGCGCUGGAUCUGGGGGAGAACGGCUUCCAUGGAGAAAUCCCGACAUGGGUGGGGGACAGCUUCCCGUCCAUGAUAGUUCUCAGGUUGCGAUCGAACAUGUUCGGUGGCAGCAUUCCUCCACAACUCUCGCGGCUUGCCUCGCUGCAGGUGUUGGACCUUGCAGACAACGAUCUCAGGGGAAGCAUACCGAGGAGCUUCUCUGGUCUAUCUGCUAUGGCGAGAAGACAAGAAGGAAGAGCUGUAGAGUUCAGCGCGCUGGGGUACUCGGAGAGCAUUCAGAUGAUCUGGAAGGGGAGGGAGCUCAUGUUCCAUAGCACACUCUCACUUGUCACAGGGAUCGACCUCUCCAGCAACUCUCUCUCGGGAGAGAUCCCCACAGAGCUGACAAAUCUUGCAGGGCUGCUCUUCCUCAACCUAUCGAGGAAUCAUUUAUCCGGGAGGAUUCCACAGGCAAUCGGCAACCUGAAAUGGCUGGAGUUUCUUGAUCUCUCCAUGAAUCAGCUCUCCGGUCCAAUUCCUGCAAGCAUUGCAGAUCUGGCAUUCCUGAGCGUGUUGAAUCUCUCCAACAACAACUUGUCAGGGCGGAUUCCCAGAGGUGAUCAGAUACAAACGCUUGAUGACCCAUCCAUCUACAGUGGAAAUGCUGGUCUCUGUGGACCUCCAUUGAGCAGAGGUUGCUCGGACGGUGCAGGAACCGAAAAAGAAGAUGGCUUGGAUGAAGAAGACAGCAUCAUCUGGUUCGGUCUUGCCAUGCUGCUGGGGUUUGUCUUUGGGUUCUGGGUAUUCUGGGGCUGUUUGAUACUGAAGAGGUCAUGGAGAUUUGCCUACUUCCUCUUUGUGGAUCGUGUUUUCGAUAUGUUCUUCAGGAAGAAGAACAUGAGGAGGUGAAUGCUGGGAUCAUACAUUUUCUCUUGUAGUUAUGAGAGAUGACUAUAUUAAGACUAUAAUUAUGUCAUAAUAAGCUGUAAAGAUUUAUUGUGUGUAAUUAGCAUCAAUACAACAUAAUAGCACUGUCAUUCAAACA